AUGGACGAGGAUUUGAUUAAGCUCGUGAACAAGCUUCAAGACACGUUCAGCAAUCUCGGUAUGUCAGAGCGAGGGGAGCUGGACAUGCCCCAGUUGGCUGUGGUCGGCAGUCAAUCUGCGGGCAAGUCCAGCGUGCUCGAGACCAUCGUCGGUCGCGACUUCCUGCCUCGCGGCUCCGGUAUCGUGACCCGCCGGCCGCUAGUCCUGCAGCUCAUCCACCAGCCCGCAUCCGACGCGCCGACCGGGUUCACGGAAUGGGGCCAAUUCUUGCAUAUCGACAAGCGCUUCACCGACUUCAACGAGAUUCGGCGCGAGAUCGAACAGGAGACGUUUCGGGUCGCCGGCCAGAACAAGGGUAUCAGCAAGUUGCCGAUCAACCUAAGGAUUUACAGCCCAAACGUGUUAGACUUGACGUUGGUGGAUCUACCAGGCUUGACGAAGAUCCCUGUCGGAGACCAACCGAGCGACAUCGAGAAGCAGAUUCGCAAUUUGGUCCUGGACUACAUCUCGAAACCGAACUGCAUCAUUCUCGCUGUCUCUGCCGCCAACGUCGACCUUGCCAACUCUGAAUCCUUGAAGCUCGCUCGUUCUGUGGACCCUCAGGCACGACGAACCAUCGGUGUUCUCACGAAACUCGACCUGAUGGAUGCCGGUACCAACGCACUCGACAUCCUCACAGGCCGCGUCUAUCCGCUAAAGCUCGGCUUUAUUGGCGUUGUGAACCGGAGCCAACAGGACAUUAAUGUCGGGAAGGAGCUUGUUGAAGCACGGGAGAGCGAGGAGGAGUUCUUCAAGACCCAUCCUGCGUACAGGAACAUCGCGCAUAAGAAUGGAACGAAGUACUUGGCCAAGACCCUGAACCAUGUCUUGAUGAACCAUAUUCGCGAAAAGUUACCGGACAUGAAAGCGCGAUUGAAUACCCUGAUGGGUCAAGCGCAACAAGAACUCAAUUCCUUUGGAGAUUCGGCGGUCUUCGGAGACUCGAAUCAACAAGGUUCCCUCGUUCUCCGGUUGAUGACCACCUUCGCGCGGGAUUUCGUCUCCUCGAUCGAAGGCACGAACCCCGACAUAUCCACGAAAGAGCUCUCUGGCGGGGCGCGGCUCUACUACAUAUUCAAUGACGUCUUCGGGCACGCGCUCGCCUCUAUCGACUCCACGGCCAACCUCGAAGAUCAGGACAUACGGACAGCCAUCCGCAACUCGACCGGGCCACGGCCCAGCCUGUUCGUCCCCGAAGUCGCUUUCGACCUGCUGGUGAAGCCGCAGAUCAAGCUGCUCGAGGCCCCGGCCCUGCGGUGCGUCGAGCUAGUGUACGAGGAGUUGGUGAAGAUCUGCCACAAUUGUGCGGGUGCGGAGCUGCAACGCUUCCCGCGGUUACAUGCGCAGAUCGUGGACGUCGUCUCGGAGCUGUUGCGGGAACGACUCGGCCCUACGUCCGAGUACACGCAAAGUCUGAUCGAUAUUCAAGUUGCGUACAUCAACACAAACCACCCAGCGUUUAUCGCCAGCUCCGACAAUGCUGCGCGCGAAGCGACGACUUCACAUCAGCCACCUCGAAAGGCCGUCUCACCAGCCCGACCUUCGUCGACAGAGCCCAUCAACGGCAUGCUGUCGCCGACGGAUGACGACGAAUCCGUCGAUGGGAAUGCCGUGAACGGCCUCGGAGGCCAUGCCGAUGCCCGUUCUGUUUCAUCCACCAUUCACGAUCGGACACGGACAACGACAGGGUCCACGGUCCGCGGAGCCAACGCCACCGUCUCCCGCCACCACCAUUCCACCCAUUCUUCCCAUACCGUGCGGCACUCGUCCGGCACGUCCGGCGGGUCGGGCACCGCGAAGGACACGUUCCUCAACUACUUCUUCGGGCAAAACGGGCCUGGUCCGAUCUCGGCGUCGAGCAUAGAACGCACGAUCUCCGCCCACGACGCGCCGGGCGCGAUCGUCAGCACUGGACGCGACGUGAACGGGCCGGAUCCGAGCGUGCAUUCAGGGAUUAUGGCUGGAAGGCGAGACGGAAGCGGUGCGGCGUUUGAUAUGAAGAGCCUUGGCAAACACAUUGAAGCGAUCCCUACAGACGGUAACCUACAAGUCACGAUGCGCGAAGAGAUGGAGACGAACCUCAUCCGCACUCUCCUCGCGUCGUACUUCAAUAUCGUCCGACAGACGAUACAGGACCUCGUCCCGAAAGCCGUCAUGCACUUCCUUGUCAACCACACGUCGCAGCACGUCCAAAAUCGCCUCGUGGCAUCCUUGUACAAACCCGAUAUGUUCGGCGACUUGCUGAACGAGGACGAGGAGCUCGUUGCCGAGCGGACGCGGGUGAAGGCGCUCCUCGAUGCGUAUAAGGAGGCGUUCCGGACGCUAUCCGAGGUCACCCUCAAGUCAUCAUGAUUUCUCAGGACUAUUCGUAGAGCAUUGGUAUCCAUCAUGUUGUCGGUUACACAUAAUACAUGGCACUCCGC